AUGCUCUCCAAGCAAAAUAUCCUUCCAUCUGAGGCAAUCCUCGAGAGAUAUGGCACUCGUUUAGCAGGCAAGACAAUUUUUAUCACCGGUGUCUCAAAGGACUCCAUUGCAGGUGAACUUGCACUGCAGCUGAGCAGUGUGAACCCUGCCUUGCUGAUCUUGUCUGCGAGGUCGGAGUCUCGUGUCCAGCCCAUUGUCGAGAAGAUCAAGGCCAGGAACCCUAAUGUGGCUACUCGAUUCCUAAAGAUGGAUCUCGGCGAUCUAAAGGAUAUCCACAGAGCGGUGCACAGUUUGGACGAUGUCCCGAAAAUCGACCACAUUGCUGCUGUCGCAGGUAUUAUGAUGCCCCCGUAUGGAACUACUGCAGAUGGAGUUGAGUCUCAGUUUGGCGUCAACUACUUGGCAAACUUUUUGCUCGUCAAAUUGUUGCUACCCAAAGUUGAAGCCGCUGGACCACAUUCCUCAAUCAUCAUCGUUGCAAGCUCAGCGGUGCGAAGUGGAAUAAUCAAUUUCGACGAUAUCGGCUACAGUGACGGCAAAACGUACGAUACUCUGGCUGCGUACGGCCAGUCCAAUGUUGCUCGAGUUAUGUUUGUAAAGAGACUAGCCCAGAAGUUGAGUGCGAAGAGGAUCCGGGUCUAUAGCAUCGACCCUGGGGCCGUUCAAUCAGGAUUGCAGCGCCAUGUUACCCCUGAAAUGGGAACCUUUAUUGAACAAAGUUAUGCCUCCGGUCAAGCCCUGCGCGACGUUGAUGGAAAGGAAUACAAAAUGCCGCCUUGGACAAGCAGCUCUGAAGGAGCGGCAACCAUCAUCACGGGCAUGAUUGAUCCGACCAUUGAGACAUCAAAUGGCUCCUUCCUGCACAACAAUGCCGUCGCAGAUGAGGAGUUGCAUUCGCAUGUUGUCACUCAAAGUAACUGGGUCAGACUGUGGGGUUUGAGUGAGAAUCUGAUUGGGGGGAAGUUCACUAUUUGA